UAGUUUCAUUAGCUUGUUGAGCGGCCGGCCUUCCGAAUCUUCUUUGUCUUGCAUGUUUAUCUACGACCGCCAUUAAAUCCCGAAUUAUUCUCGUUUCUCAGAACACCAUUAUUUCUAUUAGCCCUUCUAUAUUAUUUGUUCUCAGAUAAUUCAAGUUCCGGCAUAGAAUCCUAGGAAUAAGAAAUUCUAGAAGUGUUUGUUUUAGAGGAAGUAUGGAAGGAUUACUGCCUUAUAUUUACAGAGCCAUUGUUCAGCACAGGGAAAUUGGUGGGCAGGAAAAUGGCCUUCCAUUGGCUUCUCCAGGCGAAUCACAGAGGAUUUUAUUGGAUUCUGCAUACAUGAGACUUCCAGGUGAUUCGGGAAGGUUUUCUUCUGAGUUAAUGGCGGAGGCCAUUCUCUCUUCCCACAACACCAAAAGUAAUAUACCCAGCAGUCAGAUCUCCAAGAAAAUUUCUUCGGGGAAUACCCAUGUUCGAUUCCCUCCCUCACCUGUGGUUCUCCCACAGCAACUGAAGGGAAUGUGAAAUGAAGAUCAAAUGCAGUGUGGUGAAUCUGACCUGGUUUUAAAAUGAAAUCAUGCCAGAUCAAUUGAAGUCUGUUAUAGAAUAGAUUUUCUUUGUGUGUGGGUUUCUUUGAAUUUUUUUGUAUAAGAGUGGAAGAGAGUUUUAAGUUCCUUGUAUAGUAAACCACCUGGCACAAGUGCUGGGAUUCAUCUCUGUAUCGCCAUUAUUAUUUCAAAUGUUUCUGUAUAAAUGAAAGUGAAUUUAAGUGAAAUGAAGAGCAAAUGGAGUGUGGUGAAUGUGACUUGGUUUUAAAAAGAAAUCAUAGCAGAUCAAUUGAAAUC